AUGGACCGCCAGCUGACAGAGUAUAUCGAGAAGUACCAGGAGGCCAAGUUGCAUUCGCUAAGUGCCCGUGGACAGGACCAGGCUCUGGACUCAGACACAGAAUCUUUGCUGGAAUUGCUCGAGGAGCUCGAGAAUGAAGACGGAAUAGUCGCCAAAUACAAGGAGCAGCGUCUCCAACAACUCCAGCAGAAUAUCAGGUCCAUUGAUAGGGCCGCAGAUGUCUUGGGCGAGGACGUGGGCUGUGUGAAUUUCAUUGGAGCAGAAAAAGACUUGAUGGGCGCCGUGACACGCACGGAGAUUGCCGUGGUGCAUUUCUACCAGCCCACGUUCUCAAAAUGCAAGACCAUGAACGAGAAACUCGCGGUGCUCGCCGAGAAACACCUUGCCUUGCACGUGCUUGCGAUUCCGGCGGAGAAAGCGUCAUUUCUCGUGUCUAAGUUGAAGAUCAAGGUGCUUCCUUUCGUGGUGGUGUAUCGGCACGGACAGGAAAUCGCCAGAAUCGUGGGAUUUGAAGGCAUAGGCGAGUCUGAAGACGCAGUGACAAUCACAGCACUAGAAACCAGGCUCAUUCAAUGCGGGGCCAUCUCGAGAAGAACUAUUAAUACCGGCACAAUCUCUCGGCCUGCUGCCGUGAAAAAGGAGGACUCCGACGAUGACUGGUUCUGA